AUGACGUGGGAACCGCAAGCCGAAGACUUAAAAGAACUAAUUACAGUCCUCAAACAGGCUCAGUCGCUGGAUAAAGCCGCUCAAAUAGCUGUUAAACAGAAACUAGAGGAAUUGAAUCAACAUCCCGAUUUUAAUAAUUACCUGAUGUAUGUACUGACGAAACUAAAAACUGAGGAUGAGCAAACACGUUCUCUAAGUGGUCUAAUUUUAAAAAAUAGCAUCUGGAUUCAUAGAAAUACUCUACCGCCAGAGACUAUUGAAUAUAUCAAGCAUGAAUGUUUGCAAGCUAUCGGAGAUCCGUCACCUCUGAUAAGAGCCACUGUUGGUAUAUUGAUCACUACUAUCACCAGCAAUGGCCGUUUACAAAAUUGGCCCCAAUUACUUCCCUCUUUGUGUGACAUGUUGGACUCGCAGGACUAUAAUGUAUGUGAAGGUUCUUUCAGUACUUUACAAAAGAUAUGUAAAGAUGACUUGGGUGUAAUCAAUCGGUCUCUAAACGUGAUGAUUCCGAAAUUUCUUCAAUACUUCAACCACAAUAGCCCGAAGAUACGUUCACAUGCCAUAGCUUGUAUCAACCAAUUCAUUGUGAACCGAUCACAGGCUCUGAUGCUACACAUCGACGCAUUCAUUGAAAGCUUAUUUAACCUAACGUCCGAUGAAGAUUAUGAGGUAAAAAAGAAUGUAUGUCGCGGGUUGGUGAUGCUGUUAGACGUUCAUAUGGAUCGUUUGCUGCCGCAUAUGUCACAAAUUAUUGAGUAUAUGCUCAUACGCACCCAAGACUCAGAUCUAAGUGUAGCAUUAGAAGCGUCAGAAUUCUGGUUAUCUCUCGCUGAACAGAAUAUUUGCAGAGAAGUGUUGGCACCCUAUUUAUGGCAGCUGGCUCCAAUAUUAGUACGUGGAAUGCGAUGCUCUGAAAUUGAUAUUAACCUGCUAUACGGCAAUGUUGAGGAGAGCGUCUUAAUGCCUGACCUUGACGAGGACAUACGUCCUGAACUCCACAGAUCUUGUACGCACAAGUCGAAAUCUGACGAAAACAAUGUUGAUGAUGUGCUAGAUGAUGACAGUUCACUACCAAAAUGGGAUUUGCGCAAAUGUAGCAUCGUUACACUGACUGCGUUAGCAAAUGUUUUUCGGGAAGAAUGUCUACCUAUUUUUCUGCCCAUUAUCAAGGAUACUCUGUUUCCUCAGGAAUGGAAUAUCAAAGAGAUUGGAAUUGGUACACUGGGUGCUAUUGCCGAGGGCUGCAUGCAGGGUAUGAUCCCAUAUCUCCCCGAAAUCAUACACUACUUGAUCAGUUGUUUGUCGGACCAGAAAGCAUUGGUUCGCUCUAUAACUUGCUGGACAUUAUCGCGCUAUGCUAACUGGGUAGUAAACCAGCCACAUGACCAAUAUUUGAAACAGUUCAUGGAAGAACUACUAAAACGCAUAUUAGAUUCUAAUAAGCGUGUUCAAGAGGCAGCUUGCUUCGCACUCGAUACCCUUAUGGAGGAGGCUAGCACCGAAUUGGUGCCAUAUUUAGAAGAUAUAUUAAAAGCUUUAUCAUUGGCCCUCUUAAAAUAUCGAGAUACAAAUUUGCUUAUACUAUAUGACACAGUUAGAACUCUAGCCGACUCUGUGGGUCAUCAUCUCAACAAACCACAAUACAUCGAUAUUUUAAUGCCUCCAUUAAUUGAAAAGUGGAAUUUCACAAAGGAUGACGACAAAGACCUAUUUCUUCUUUUGGAGUGCUUGUCAAGCAUCGCAACAGUUUUACAAUCAGGAUUUUUACCUUACUGCGAUCUAGUUUAUCCGCGUUGUAUUUCACUUAUCGAACAGACGCUGAAUCAAGACAUGGCAUGUAAAACUAAUCCUGAUCUCGACCAUCCAGAUAAAGUGAGAAUGAUUGGUGCUUUAGACUUAUUGACAGGCGUGACAGAAGGUUUGGCGGGACAUAUUGCGCCACUAGUCGCCAACAGCAAUAUCACACAUUUAGUGCACCACUGCAUGAAGGAUACAAAUAUAGACGUGCGAGAUUCGUCGAUCGGAUUGUUGGGAGCAUUAAUUAAAACCUGUUUCCAGCAUGUGUAUCCAUUCUUUGGAAAAUUGGUACCAAUUUUAUUUAAAAAUAUGUGUGGCCCUAACGGGUUGGCCGCUUGCCUCGCUUAUGGCGAAAUUUGCGAGAGAGUGACGGUCGAAGAACUUGAGAAGUACCCACGUGAAUGA